GUUCACUCACUUCCUGCUCAGGGUUAGGCAGCCACAGUGGACCCAGGCUGGGGAGACUGGAAGAAUCAGAGGUCCAGGCAGACCCCAAGGCAGGACGAUGGCCAGUGGGAGCAGCGACCUCAGCACCAGGAUGUCUGCAGAAGAUGGGAACAUAGAAAACAAAUGUAUCAAUGACCUUGCACUCACAUAUUUCAAAAGAUAUAAGGUGGAUAUUUCAGACGCAAUAAAAACAACAUUUCCUUUCCUUGAACUUCUCCGUGACCGCGAUUUCAUAACCGAAGAAAUGUAUGAAAAAUCUCAAGAAUCUUUAAAAAAACGGUCUCCUGUACAUGAAGUCAUAUAUGAUGUUCUCAGUGAACUGGAGAAGAAAUUUGACAUGUCUCUUCUGGGAGCGCUGUUCAGCAAGACCAUCAUGAAGACUUACCCUGAUUUAUUUCGCAUUUACAAAAUAUUCUACAAAGUGAUACCAGUAAUAAAAUUCCUCCUAAAAAGUGAUGGAGGAGAAGAAUAUGAGGAGAGGCCUAAUGAACGACUAAGCCUAGAACAAGGAAUUGGUGGUAAUUCAAAUCAAAGACUGAUGUUGUUAGGCCCAGAUACCUGGAAUUACAACGAUACAGCCGCACCUGAAUGUGGAUUCUUAGAGCACCGCCAUGACACACAAGAGAUAAAUACAACUGAAACAGGUACAAACAGUGAAAAUAAGGAUGCACUAAAAAGCCAACAAGCAAAUGAACAAUGUGCCCAACAGUCGAAGACAGCAGGAGCAGAGAUACUCCACCAUGGAAUCCAAACCAAUUCCUGCUCUGUAGACCCAGUGGAUAUAAAGGAGGAAAAGCCAUUUUUAAAUUCAGGAGUUGAAUGUGAAGUCCGAGCAAUGACUAACUGUAACCAGGCAUCUGACGUAAUAGUGAUCGACAGUCAGGACUUUGAAGAAUUUACUGGUGGAGAUGAGCCUUCCAAAGGAUCCACCUUAUUAUUGAAACGAGAGACAGAGUUUAUGGAAUUCAGAAAAUCACCUACAUCUGGAAAAAUAGUUUGCGAAACAGGAGAAGAGCUACUCCACCAUGGAACCCAAACCAAUUCCUGCUCUGUAGACCCAGUGGAUAUAAAGGAGGAAAAGCCAUUUUUAAAUUCAGGAGUUGAAUGUGAAUUCCAAGCAAAGACUGACUGUAACCAGGCAUCUGACAUAAUAGUGAUUGACAGUCAGGACUUUGAAGAAUUGACCAGUGGAGAUGGACCCCCUGAAGCUUCCACCACAGCAUUGAAAAGAGAGCCAGGAGAAGAGCUACUCCACCAUGGAACCCAAACCAAUUCCAGCUCUGUAGACCCAGUGGAUGUAAAGGAGGAAAAGCCAUUUUUAAAUUCAGGAGUUAAAUGUGAAGCCCAAGCAAGGACUGACUGUAACCAGGCAUCUGACAUAAUAGUGAUUGACAGUCAGGACUUUGAAGAAUUGACCAGUGGAGAUGAACCCCCUGAAGCUUCCACCACAGCAUUGAAAAGGGAACCAGAGUCCAUGGAUUUCAAAAAAUCACCUACAUCUGGAAAAAUACUUUGCAAAACAGGAGAAGAGCUACUCCACCAUGGAACCCAAACCAAUUCCUGCUCUGUAGACCCAGUGGAUAUAAAGGAGGAAAAGCCAUUUUUAAAUUCAGGAGUUGAAUGUGAAGCCCAAGCAAGGACUGACUGUAACCAGGCAUCUGACAUAAUAGUGAUUGACAGUCAGGACUUUGAAGAAUUGACCAGUGGAGAUGGACCCCCUGAAGCUUCCACCACAGCAUUGAAAAGAGAGCCAGGAGAAGAGCUACUCCACCAUGGAACCCAUACCAAUUCCAGCUCUGUAGACCCAGUGGAUGUAAAGGAGGAAAAGCCAUUUUUAAAUUCAGGAGUUAAAUGUGAAGCCCAAGCAAGGACUGACUGUAACCAGGCAUCUGACAUAAUAGUGAUUGACAGUCAGGACUUUGAAGAAUUGACCAGUGGAGAUGAACCCCCUGAAGCUUCCACCACAGCAUUGAAAAGGGAACCAGAGUCCAUGGAUUUCAAAAAAUCACCUACAUCUGGAAAAAUACUUUGCAAAACAGGAGCAGAGAUACUCCACCAUGGAGCCCAAACCAAUUCCUGCUCUGUAGACCCAGUGGAUAUAAAGGAGGAAAAGCCAUUUUUAAAUUCAGGAGUUGAAUGUGAAUUCCAAGCAAGGACUGACUGUAACCAGGCAUCUGACAUAAUAGUGAUUAACAGUCAGGACUUUGAAGAAUUUACUAGUGGAGAUGGACCCGCUGAAGCUUCCACCACAGCAUUGAAAAGGGAACCAGAAUCAAUCGAUUUCAGAAAAUCACCUACAUCUGGAAAAAUAGUUUGCAAAACAGGGAGAAGUAUUGAAGAGUCUUCAGGACUCUGUGCAGUGAAGAAGCCUCGAGUAACCUGUAGCUCUGCAGUGAGAAACCCUGAAGUGUCUUCAGGAUUCAGUGCACUGAAUCAGCCCCCAGGAGCCUGCAGCUCUGCAGUGAGAAACCCUGAAGUGUCUUCAGGAUUCAGUGCACAGAAUCAGCCCUCAGGAGCCUAUAGUUCUGCAGUGAAAGUUUCUGAAGUGUCUCCAGGGAUCAGUGCACAGAAUCAGCCCUCAGGUGCCUGUAGCUCUGCAGUGAGAAACCCUGAAGAGUCUUCAGAAUUCAGUGCACAGAUUCAGCCCCAAGGACCCUGUAGUUCUGCAGUGAGAAACCCUAAAGUGCCUCCAGGGAUCAGUGCACAGAAUCAGCCCUCAGGUGCCUGUAGCUCUGCAGUGAGAGUUUCUGAAUUGUCUUCAGGCUUCAGUGCACAGAAUCAGCCCCCAAGAUCCUCUUGCUCUACAGUGAGAAACCCUGAAGUGUCUUCAGGAUUCAGUGCACAGAAUCAGCCCCCAAGAGCCUCUAGCUCUGCAGUGAGAAACCCUGAAGAGUCUUCAGAAUUCAGUGCACAGAUUCAGCCCCAAGGACCCUGUAGUUCUGCAGUGAGAAACCCUAAAGUGUCUUCAGGGAUCAGUGCACAGAAGAAGCUCUCAGGUGCCUGUAGCUCUGCAGUGAGAGUUUCUGAAGUGUCUUCAGGAUUCAGUGCACAGAAUCAGCCCCCAAGAGCCUGUAGUUCUGCAGUGAGAGUUUUGGAAGUGUCCUCAAGGAUCAGUGCACAGAAUCAGCCCUCAGGUGCCUGUAGCUCUGCAGUGAGAGUUUCUGAAGUGUCUUCAGGAUUCAGUGCACAGAAUCAGCCCCCAAGAGCCUGUAGUUCUGCAGUGAGAGUUUUGGAAGUGUCCUCAGGGAUCAGUGCACAGAAUCAGCCCUCAGGUGCCUGUAGCUCUGCAGUGAGAGUUUCUGAAGUGUCUUCAGGAUUCAGUGCACAGAAUCAGCCCCCAAGAGCCUGUAGUUCUGCAGUGAGAGUUUUGGAAGUGUCCGCAGGGAUCAGUGCACAGAAUCAGCCCUCAGGUGCCUGUAGCUCUGCAGUGAGAAACCCUGAAGUGUCCUCAGGGAUCAGUGCACAGAAUCAGCCCUCAGGUGCCUGUAGCUCUGCAGUGAGAAACCCUGAAGAGUCUUCAGAAUUCAGUGCACAGAUUCAGCCCCAAGGACCCUGUAGUUCUGCAGUGAGAAACCCUAAAGUGUCUUCAGGGAUCAGUGCACAGAAGAAACUCUCAGGUGCCUGUAGCUCAGCAGUGAGAGUUUCUGAAGUGUCUUCAGGAUUCAGUGCACAGAAUCAGCCCCCAAGAGCCUGUAGUUCUGCAGUGAGAGUUUUGGAAGUGUCCUCAAGGAUCAGUGCACAGAAUCAGCCCUCAGGUGCCUGUAGCUCUGCAGUGAGAAACCCUGAAGUGUCCUCAGGGAUCAGUGCACAGAAUCAGCCCUCAGGUGCCUGUAGCUCUGCAGUGAGAGUUUCUGAAGUGUCUUCAGGAUUCAGUGCACAGAAUCAGCCCCCAAGAGCCUGUAGUUCUGCAGUGAGAGUUUUGGAAGUGUCCUCAGGGAUCAGUGCACAGAAUCAGCCCUCAGGUGCCUGUAGCUCUGCAGUGAGAAACCCUGAAGUGUCCUCAGGGAUCAGUGCACAGAAUCAGCCCUCAGGUGCCUGUAGCUCUGCAGUGAGAGUUUCUGAAGUGUCUUCAGGAUUCAGUGCACAGAAUCAGCCCCCAAGAGCCUGUAGUUCUGCAGUGAGAGUUUUGGAAGUGUCCUCAAGGAUCAGUGCACAGAAUCAGCCCUCAGGUGCCUGUAGCCCUGCAGUGAGAGUUUCUGAAGUGUCUUCAGGAUUCAGUGCACAGAAUCAGCCCCCAAGAGCCUGUAGUUCUGCAGUGAGAGUUUUGGAAGUGUCCGCAGGGAUCAGUGCACAGAAUCAGCCCUCAGGUGCCUGUAGCUCUGCAGUGAGAGUUUCUGAAGUGUCUUCAGGAUUCAGUGCACAGAAUCAGCCCCCAAGAGCCUGUAGUUCUGCAGUGAGAGUUUUGGAAGUGUCCUCAGGGAUCAGUGCACAGAAUCAGCCCUCAGGUGCCUGUAGCUCUGCAGUGAGAAACCCUGAAGUGUCCUCAGGGAUCAGUGCACAGAAUCAGCCCUCAGGUGCCUGUAGCUCUGCAGUGAGAAACCCUGAAGUGUCUUCAGGAUUCAGUGCACAGAAUCAGCCCCAAGGACCCUGUGGUUCUGCAGUGAGAAACCCUAAAGUGUCUUCAGGGAUCAGUGCACAGAAUCAGCUUCCAGGAGCCUGUAGCUCUGCAGUGAGAGUUUCUGAAGUGUCUUCAGGAUACAGUGCACAGAAUCAGCUUCCAGGAGCCUCUAGCUCUGCAGUGAGAGUUUCUGAAGUGUCUUCAGGGUUCAGUGCACAGAAAACGCUUCCUGGAGCCUGUAUCUUGGCAAUGAGAAGUUCUGAGGUGUCUUCAGGAUUUGGUGCACUGAAGAAGUCUUCAGGACCCUGUAGCUCUGCAGUGAGAAGUCUUCAAGGUUCUUCAGGAUUCAGUGCACGUGAUAAUCUCCUGGGAGCCUGUAGCUCUGCAUUGAGAAUUGGUCCUGAUGAGAAGGGUACGGUGCAUCUUGGAAACAAAUCUACUUUAGAAAAAUCUGAGAGUAAAAAAAGAAUAAGAGAGCACAUGGAUGUGAAUGUGGUUUUUGAUGCUGAAAUACUUCCUGUGACCUGUAGGGAGAUGAAGGGCAUAUUAAUUAAGAGAAAAUUUGAACGAGGAUCCAUGAUGAAGUGUAUAAGAAGCCAGGAUGGAAAUUGGUUCACUCUGCAUGAAUUUGAACUUAAAGGAGGCUACGAAACCUGUAACUGGAAAAACAACGUGCGCUGCUAUGAAAAAACUCUAAAGUGGCUGAUGGAGAAAAAACGUCUGCCUAAACCUCCAAGAACAUAUGGCAAAAUAAAAAAGCCGGAAAACGCAGAGAAAUGCAAGAUCUGUGGGGAUGAAGGAAUGCUCUUCAAAUGCAGCUGGUGUUUAUGCUUCUUUCAUGGGGACUGUCACAUCCCACCUGUGGACCCUAAGAGUAAGGAUUGGAUAUGUACCUUCUGCAAAAUACAAGUGCCUUCAGGAAAUCCACAACAUGCCAGCUAUGCUGAGAUCAUAGCGAGACGGAUGGGGCCCAAAGAGAAAUCGAAAUGUGUGUUCCUCCUCCUAAAGCUCUAUUGUCAUUUAGAGAAAAACAUUUUUCAGAAUAUUCCAGAUGAACAUUAUGUUCAAAAGGCUUCUCAAUGCCUAGAGACACUUAGGAAAUUGGAUGAAAUCAAGAAUAAACUAAAUGGAGGAUGUUUUACCAAAGUGAAUGGGUUAGUGGUUGACAUGAAAAAAAUCUGUCAGGAUUCUAAGCACAAUGACUCAGUUCUAACAGAAGAGGAAUUUGAGAAGAAUUUCAAAGAAGUCUUUUCUAUUCAGUAAACAAAUCAGAAGAGUUCACUGGUAAUGGAUGCUGUUGAUACCCUGGAAAAUCCUGCUUUCAGGCAAAUUUCUCAUCCCCCAGCUGCUAUGAGCAUUGGCUACUUAUGCCAUCUCCCCCUAGUGUAUCAAUAUGGGCCAAAUGGAGACAGAUUCACUCAAAUGUUAAAUCUCUUUGUGCUGGAGUUGGUUCCCAGCACCAAGGUUGAACCAACCAUGUUGAGUGAUUCGUGUUCCUGUGCUCCCCAUGGCUGAACUAGUCUCCAGCUAUGACCACAUCCUUGCUUCGCAUUUCCCAGCACAGUGUGCUGCUUCCCUUAUCCCCCCUCCUCUUGAGAAAAUUCUCACAAUAAAUCACUGACUAAAGAGA